AUGCGGGGGGACACGUUCCCUCGCGAGUGUCGUGCCGCGCGGCCCCCAACUGAUGGUCCCCUUGUUUCUCCUCUCCAGGGGGAGGAGUCGAAGCCCCUCCUGCAGCCCACCAGCAGCCCGCCCAACAAGUCCUUAAAUGGCACGGAGUCCAACUGCUACAGCCUGCCUUCGGCCCGAACAGAUGAGCAAGCUCUGCUGUCGUCCAUCCUCGCCAAGACAGCCAUCAACAUCAUCGACGUUUCGGCCGCGGAUUCGCAGGGCAUGGAACAGCACGAGUACAUGGACAGGGCUCGGCAGUACAGUACGCGACUGGCCAUGCUGAGCAACAACCUGAUGCACUGGAAGAAGCUGCCUCCCCUCCCGUCGCUCACCAGCCAGCCCCACCAAGUGCUCGCCAGUGACCCCGUGCCCUUCGCAGACCUGCAGCAGGUCUCUCGGAUAGCCGCCUAUGCCUUCAGUGCGCUCUCCCAGAUCCGGGUGGACGCGAAAGAAGAGCUGGUCGUGCAGUUUGGGAUCCCGUGAUGCCGCGUCUGCCGCUCCCCCUCCCACCCCCGCCCCCUUCCUUUUUAUUUCUUUCCCUCGAUUGGCUCGUCGCCGCAGCAGAGUUUGUCCGGGAUUCGGCACACAGGGAUCUCCCACUCCUCGCCACAGAGAUGGUGAUGGACAGCUGGUGGCCGCCCCCUCCUUGCGUGUCCCUCCCCCUCCGUUCCCUGCUGUCGCUGCCCCGGUGAGGGUGUGUGUGUGUGUGUGUGUCCGGGCAGGGCAAUCCACGCGGGAUCGGAGGAGGGCGAAGGGGCUCCACUCAGCACCCAGGGGGCUCGCUUAACUCAACUCACAGAAGUGUGAAUCUUGCCUCACUUUGGUUUGCCACUGACACA